CAACACUAUGCUUACACAGAAGAACCAAAACUGACAUAUAAGGAGUAAAGUGGGAGCAAAACACUGCAGCACCUGAGAGACACAGAGAUUGCAGCAGUGUUGCUAGCUUCUUUAGCAUCACCGGAGUGCCAAGCUCUGGGGAUCGGGCAAGGGCUCUCCAGCGAGGAGCAUGGGAGCUGAGCUUACUGGUGUUUUUGCAGCAGGGUGGGCUGGAAAAUUAGGAGAAAAUAUGUAACCAACAAAGUCUACACUGACUGCCGCAGCUGCCAUCGUUCACUAUGCGCAGGGAACAAGAGCAAGUACAUGCACGUGGAAUUGCGCGCCAUUGUCAACAACGCAACAGCGAAACUCUCCGUCCCCACAGCAACAGCAGUGGUGCAGCUAGCAUUGUUAACGUUAGCCCGAGCAAUAGCAGAGAUAUUAGGUAGCAUCUUAUGGAGGUUAAAUUUAAGUAAAGGAUAUUUUAGAUAAAAGAAAACCAAUUUAAAUGAACAACAGCAGUGGCGUGUUUAUGGUGCGGCUGUCUGCAUUUGAUUAUCCAACAAGGACUUCGUACACUUAUACUGUAUGAAGUUUCGAUGUAGCUUUUUUCGUUUUCCUUUGCAGCUUUGUCUUAAACUUUGACUGACAUUUGUAUAUGAUGUAGUUGAUGCCAGUGGUAGUAGGUAUUUGAUUGUUGAUAGAGUUAAUUGAAGUUUGUGGUUGGUAUGGUGAGGAGAGCAAAUGCUCUAACCGGAUUGGCUGAUGAAGGCCUCAUGGAUUCGUCUGCUGAAACGAGCAACGGGGACUCGAGUCAAGAACAACAUUGGUGGUUCCGCGGACUCAUACACCAGUCGUCCAUCUGACUCUGAUGUUUCUCUGGAGGAAGAUAAAGAGACCCAGCGCAGAGAAGCUGAGAGACAAGCUCUGGCCCAGAUCGAGAAAGCCAAGUCUAAACCAGUGGCAUUCGCAGUACGCACUAAUGUCGGCUACAGUGCCUCCCUUGAAGAUGACGCCCCUGUGCUUGGAAUGGCUGUUUCGUUUGAUGCCAAAGACUUUCUUCAUGUUAAAGAAAAAUUUAAUAACGACUGGUGGAUUGGUCGUUUAGUGAAAGAAGGGUGUGACAUCGGGUUCAUCCCGAGUCCGGUGAAGCUGGAAAACACUCGCCUUCGUCAGGAGCACCGUGCAAAACAAGGCAAAUUUUAUUCAAGUAAAUCAGGGGCGAAUUCUUUGUCUAGUUUAGGAGACGUGGUUACAAACUCACGGAAAUCAACUCCACCCUCCUCAGCUGUGGAUAUAGACGCAGCUGGUUUAGAUCCAGAGGAGAAUGACACUCCUCCCCAACAGCGUUCUCCUAAAGCCAGUCCAAACACAGUCAUAUCCCCUUUAGCCCGUGAGAAACGAAUUCCUUUCUUUAAGAAGACAGAGCAUGUUCCUCCGUAUGAUGUGGUGCCCUCUAUGAGACCUGUGGUGCUGGUGGGACCCUCCCUCAAGGGAUACGAGGUAACAGAUAUGAUGCAGAAAGCUCUGUUUGACUUUCUGAAGCACCGGUUUGAGGGGAGGAUUUCCAUCACGCGUGUCACAGCUGAUAUUUCUCUUGCCAAGCGCUCGGUGUUGAACAACCCCAGUAAACACGCCAUCAUCGAGCGCUCAAACACACGCUCUAACUUAGCGGAGGUACAGAGUGAGAUCGAGAGAAUCUUUGAGCUGGCUCGGACAUUACAACUGGUUGUUCUAGACGCGGACACAAUAAACCAUCCAGCUCAACUGGGAAAGACCUCUUUAGCUCCUAUUAUUGUCUAUGUCAAGAUCACAUCUCCAAAGGUUCUUCAGAGGUUAAUAAAGUCUAGAGGGAAGUCUCAGGCCAAACAUCUCAAUGUUCAGAUGGUGGCAGCAGACAAACUGGCACAGUGCCCAUCUGAGCUGUUUGACAUCAUUCUGGAUGAGAAUCAGUUAGAAGACGCCUGUGAGCACAUGGCUGAUUAUCUGGAAGCGUACUGGAAGUCCACUCAUCCUCCCAGUGUCAGUCAGACCACAGAGACUGAUGCUCCAGCUGUCUGUCCUGAACCGCAGUCUAAUACACAACUAAAGGCUGCAGGGGGUGAUCAGAAGACAGAGAGACCGGUGGGCGACAGGAGGGGCUUUCAUGAAGACCAUCAUCAUCAUCACCAUCACCAAACUCAGAGGCAAACAAGUUUAGAAAGACCACCAGGCAACGAUAUGGACGAGAGGGAGACUAAAGCCAACAGAGAUCAACAACAGCUCCAAACACAUCACACACACCACCCAUCUUCAUCCACACGGACUGAACGCCACAAUCACCAUAACCAUCACCACAAUAGACAUCAUCACCACCAUCACAAUCGGACUGCACAGAUACUUUCCCGACAAGAGACGCUGGAGAGCAGGGAGUCCACUUUCAAUGAGCAUUCCCAAGGACACUUGCAAACACACCGAACAGAAGAGGAAGAAGAGCAGACGCUUCGACCAAACCAUCAUCACCAUCAUCAUCAUCGUUGCAGGGAGAAAGAGAAGGAAUAUGACUACAACGAGAGGAACAGUAGGCAAAGGGGACCACUGAGAUCUCAACGAGAACAUCAUCAUGAGAGACCGGACAGGAAACGAGGAGAAACAGAGUGGACGAGAGACCAUUACAUAGAGCAGUGACACAAACACACAUAAAUAUAACCCUGCCAUAUACACACUCUACUGUGGACCUCCUCCACGGUCCUUGAUUUGCCUCAUAUCAACGAUACGUGUUUUUAAAGAACAGUAUGAUCAUUACAAGUCAAAGGUUUGGACACAUCUACUGAUGCUUUAUUUACUAUAAUUACUAUUUUGAUAGAGAUGGGAAUUGUAAGGAAUUUUAUGGUUUCAUUAACAGUUCUUUUAGUACUUUUGAGGAGGAAAUUUGGAAAUAAUGAAUGGAAUUAAGAUUGGAUUUGUGAUGUGCGCUUUCGAAACACACUACUUCAUGAGCCCUAUACAAAUCUUUUGUUUGGAACUAGUCCCUUGGAGCACAUAUAAAACUGGCCAAGUCACGUGAUUUCUGCAAAUGAUGCUUCAUUACGUCGUACUGUUUCGAAACGUUUCAAAACGUUGCCGGUUUGUAUGGAGCUAGAACAAUGACUGAAGUAUUUAAUCUGAAAUUUGUUCAUUUUAAUUCUAGACAUGUGACACUUAAAACUUAACUUUUUAACUUUUUAUUUUUAUUUAUUUUUUUGUGGUGAAUUUUAUACAUUUGUAUUUUUAAACAUCAUAUUUUUGGUUUUGAAUUUUUCAGAGGUGGAGUUAGCUGUAAAAAAAUAUAUAUAUAUAUUGUACAAAUACAGGUUCACAUAAAAAAAAAAAAAAAAAGAUUUUCCCUUGCGCCACACAGUGGUCAGCGUGACGCUGACAAAACAGACCCAUGCAGCGCUUUUGUUAAUGCAACAGUUAACAUGAACUAUAAUUAGGGAUGCACAGAUAUGAACAUUUUUGGUCGAUAUCGAUACCAUUGGCCGGUAACAAUAUUUUGCCAAUUACCUUAUUUUGUUAUCAGAUCACUGUUUUACUUUGGAGUUAUGCUUUAAAAAUGAACAAAGAGGAACAAAAGCUUUUUUACUGUUCUAACAAUAAAAUAUCCAUUGAACAUUGGAUCUGUUGAACACAUGACAGCCCAAAAUUAUUAAAAGAGCCACAAUGAAAGAUAAAUAAAAGAUAAAAAGAAAAAAAUAACUAAAUAUGAUAACUAUGAUGAUUGAUAUAAAAAAAGGUUAUUUUGUACUUCUAAAACAUUUUUGCACUUCUGUUUUUGCAGUUCACAACAACAGAAUUCACAAUUUACAUGUAUAUACAGAAUAUAAUAGAACAUUACAAAUUCAUACUAUGUAUAUGUUGGGCAAUUCCAUGGAAACAUCAACCACAUCAUGGAAAAAUAAAAAGUUAACCAAGGGAAAAAAAAAAAACCUUUUAAAUUCUGUAUUAUCGUGAUAUAACAGAUAUUGGAUAAUGCCGACCAGACCGCUAGAGGGCGCCGUUUGCUCACACAGCACUGACUGAAGCGCUGAAUGCAGAAGGUUUAAAGCCUUUUAAGGUUUAGUAAUCAUGCAAGGCCAUAUUGCACUUUCAAUCUUGAUUCAAUUAAUCGUGCAGCAUUAAAUGAUUUCAUACCGAUAUCUCAGAAGUCAAAUCUGCUGGUUUCAAAGCGUUUUGGAUGGUUUCCCUCAACGUGUAGGCCUAUAGGUAAGUGCCGCUUUCACAACUGUCAUGUCUGUAACGCUGGUUUUUCCACAUUAACAUAAGAACGAGAAAGAAUAAAAAUGUAAUAUUACAUGUUCUCAGGAGUGCCAACCCUUCUAAAUAUUGUGGCUAUUAUUAUUUCUGGAUUGUUGAUUUAGGGUUUUUACAAAGUGUGUUACUAAUUAAUUAUAAUCGAUAUGCAGAUUUGGUCAAUAAUAAAUGUGGCAGCCGAUACAUUGGUGCCUUCCUACUGUAACUAUAAUGGACAAAACAUUUAUUAAUCUUGGCCAAUGUUAAUUUAUUAAUAUAUACGCUGUCCACUGAGUGGCGCAAGUAAAUAACCCAGUUUUGCCUGACCUUUGGCCUAGUUUGUUGUUAUCUAAAUGUGAGAGAUUUGUAUUUUGAGUUCUGAAUUUCUUCUUAAUCUAAAAAUUUGAAACUGUAAUUCUACAAUCUAAUUUUACACAAUCUUUAUAUUCUUUAUAGUCAUUAAUUUUACAGCUAGUUUAACCUCUAGAUAAAUCAAAAACAAACAAAACAAAAAAAUCUACUGUUUAACCCUCCUAAGGUAUUGAAAAAAGUCACCUCCCUUUGGUAUUCAUGGUCGUUUUUGACUGGAAGGUUCAGAUGUGUAACCUUGUUUUAAUGAUGAUAAUGAUACCAUUUCUUCUUCCAUGAAGUAACAACAAUAAAAUUAUGCAUUUCCUUUGGCAUUUUAUGCUUAUUUACAUGUCAGUUUCAAAAUUUUACCAUUAAUUUGCAUAUAAAAAUAAGCAAAUUUUUGACAAAAAACAAAACAAAAAAACAUUUCAGAACCUACACUUCUAUAAGUUGAAACAUGUAGACAAUAUGAGAAUGUGACAUGAAUUGGAGACAGAUUGCUGCCAUCUGGUGAACAAAAUAUAAAUAACAUGACUUGAAAACCAUGUCAUGCCAGAAACAGCCAGUAGAGGGCUGUAGUGUUGUCUGAUGGCUUAUUGUAACCAUUUUAUAUUUUAUCACAAGAUAAGCAUUUGGAUAUGUAUUUAGACAUUAUCAAACUGUUAUCUGUCAAAGUUUAGCACUUUAAAAUUGAUUUGAAGUGUCAGUUUUUGCAGUUAAUGUCUUUAUGCUUGCAAUCAAACCUGACCAUGGUGUUACAAAGAGAAGACAAGGAAUAAGUAUUUUUAUACCAAUAAUUUAUUUAAAACAAAAAUGUAAUAACUCAAAGUAAAUGCAUAAUAAUGUCAAGAAAAUUAUCAUCAACAGAAAUUAACUGCAAAAGUCUGAAAAUUCAAUUAGAAUAUAAAACAGAAGAAUCACAGUAAACAUAAUGCAAUUUCAAACUUUCUAUAGUAAACAUUUAUUUUGUAAAACUUGUGUGUGUGUGUGUGUGUGUAUCAGAUUGAUGUCAUCAGUGGAAAACAACAGAUGACUUGUAAUGCCAACAAUGACCAAAAGAUGGCUGUAGAGCUCCACUUAUUUAUGCUCUGGUUCUCUGUGUGUAUGUGUGUGUGUGUUCUGCAUUGUGAGGGAUUUAAUGUUUUAGUUUUUUUGACAAAUAUAUAAAAAAAAAAAAAAACAAGCACUGUGUUAAAGUCUCACCAGUUCAUUUUUGUAUGUGUGUGUUUUUUUUUUGAGUGGGUGUGUAUGUUUUGCACUGAGGAUGUUUUAGAGUCUCACCCUGUAAUUUCUGUCUGUUUUUUUUUUUUUUCUGCAUUGUGGCUGAUUUAUUGAUUGUAUUUGACAGAUUAAAAAAAAUUGCUCUGUUUUUUGGUCUUUCCCAUUCAUUUUCAAUGGUCGAUCAAUUUCGACGAGCAAAUACCAAAGGUGUCGCUUUUUUUAGUUUUUUUUU